AAAAGGGACUGGUCCCAGGAGCCAUAAUGCGCCUCGUCUCUUCUUCUUCCUCCAUCCCAUCCGCCUCCUCCUCGUCUCUAUCUAGCCGCAGCAGGGUCUCCUACGCAGCCAAAAAACCCUCUUCCUCAUCCUCCCACCUCCCCACUCUCCUCUUUCCCCCUACACACCACCCACUCGACCGCAUCAUGAGUGCAAUCGGCGAGAAAACUGCCGUCGGCUAUACCACGGAGAAGAUGGAGAGCAUCGACUCCGAACAAGGCUACAGCCAUGCAUCAGAACAGCUCGACCCCGCUGCCGUGGGCAGACUCCGGAGAAAGAUCGAUACCCAUCUUAUCCCUCUCAUCUCCGUCCUCUAUCUCUGCUCUUUCCUGGAUCGAGUCAACAUCGGAAAUGCAAAGGUCGCUGGUUUGGCCACGGACAUUGCGCUGACUGCAAGCGAAUACAACUGGGCCCUAUCCAUUUUCUUCAUUGGAUAUGUCAUUUUUGAAAUCCCUUCCAACAUCCUGCUCAAGUUGAUGGGACCCAGGAAGUGGAUUACUAUCGUUAUGAUUGCCUGGGGCGCUAUCAUGAUUGCUAUGGCCGCCGUCCACAAUGCCGCUGGAUUGCUUGCUGCCCGUUUCUUCCUUGGAUUGACUGAAUCUGGACUGUUCCCCGGCUCUGUGUAUCUCAUCUCACUAUGGUACACUCGUUCUGAGCAGGCCCUGCGCAACGGAUUGUUCUUCAGUACCGCAACCAUGGCUGGUGCUUUUGGAGGUGUCUUGGCCUACGGAAUUGCGCAGAUGGAGGGUGUUAGAGGUCUUCAUGGAUGGCAAUGGAUCUUCAUCUUGGAGGGUCUGCCCACCGUGCUGUUGACGAUCGUUGUGUUCUUCUUCUUGCCCGACUUCCCCGGAACGGCUCGCUUCUUGAGCACAGAGGAGAAGGACUUGGCUGUGAGGCGCUUGGUCAUCGAUGCUGGUCCAGCUACUCAGACAGAGUUCUCAUGGAAGCAGUUCCGCAGCGUUUUCACCGACUGGAAGGUCUAUAUGCACAUGAUCACCUAUAUCCUCAAUGCCACGCCACUCUAUUCGCUUUCGCUAUUCUUGCCUUCCAUCGUCCAGGGCUUCCACUUCAAUCCUCUGACAACACAGGCCAUGACAGCGCCCGCCUAUGUGAUCGCCUGUCUUUUCACCAUUGCCUGCGCUUUCUCCUCUGAUCGCUUCCGCGAACGUGGCUACCACUAUGCCAUCCCUACUUUCGUCGGCUGCUUGGGCUACAUUCUCCUGAUUGUCACCAAGGACUCGCACACUGUGAGCCGUUAUGUCAGUUUGACGAUCACUGCGAGCGGUGUAUUCUCUUCGGUGCCUCCUAUGCUCUCAUGGUUCACGACCAAUAUUGGAGGCCAUACCAAGCGUGGAGUUGCAACUGCUGCCAUUAUCUCCUUUGGAAAUAUUGGAGGAGCGAUCGGCGGACAGAUCUACAGAGCAUCGGAUGUAGCAGACGGAUAUGUUCGUGGUCACACCAUCUGCGCCUGCAUGAUGGGUAUCUCUGGUCUCUUGAUCCUGGUGAUGAAGUUCUUGUUGGCCAGAGAGAACAAGCGCAGGGCCAACUUGACCCCUGAGGAGUUUGCUCGGGAGGCCGAGGGCGAGGACCUGUGCGAUUACCACCCUGCCUUUGUCUACUACACGUAGAUGUUCAACGGCGCUUAACAUUACUCUGUAAAUAUAAUAAACCGACGCUGGCACAAUGAACA